AUGACGACGACGACGACGACGACCCCGACCCCGACCCCGACUCUGACUUUAACUUCGACAACGACCUUGACCCCCACUUUGAUGAUGACUCCAACCUCGACCCCGACCCCGAAUUUAUCUUUGAUUCAGACCCCGAUCCCAACUUCGACUCUGACUCCGACCCCGACUCAGGCUCAGAUCCCGAUCCGAAUUCCUACUAAACUCGUAUCCUAUACAUCUUCCGCUGCACAGAUUAUGACUUCUCGACUAACGACCCCGACACAUGGACCAGAUUACGAAUAUUAUGGUGAUCCAAGACACACUCCUGAGACUUGUUUUAAAUUGCAUGGCUAUCCCGAUUGGUGGGCUACCCUUAAAGAUCAAGGACAACGCAAUACGACCAGUAAUGGUACUGGUUAUGGAUUCCAUACUUCCGCUAAGAUUGAUUCCAGGGGCUGGAUAAUUGAUUCCGGUGCAACUGAUCAUAUGACGUUUGAUCCUGAUGAUUUUCUUCAUACUACACAAUCUCGACGAACUUGUAUUGCAAAUGCCAAUGGAGUUACUUAUCCUGUGACAGGGGCUGACACUAUUGAACUCUCAUCCUCUCUCUUACUGUCUAAUACUUUACUUGUUCCAUCUUUAUCCAAUAAAUUGUUGUCAGAUAUUCAAACUAAGGAGAUUCUUGGUCAUGGUACUAAGAGAGGGGGGCUAUAUUAUGUAGAUGACUUCAGUCCCGGCAUGGCUAAUAAUGUGACGCAUCCCUUUGAUAGCAAACAACAACAAAUUUGGUUGUGGCACCGUCGAUUGGGACAUCCGUCUUUUAGUUAUAUGAAGCAUCUUAUACCAUAUUUAUUCUCAGGUUUCAAGGACUCCAACUUCACAUGUGAUACUUGUAUUUUGGCCAAGAGUCACUGUGUGCCCUACCCGCUGAGUACGAACAAGUGUACUACUCCAUUUACGUUAAUUCACUCUGAUGUCUGGGGACCUUCACCUAUCACUGCUCCUUCUGGUGUCCGAUGGUUUGUCACAUUCAUAGAUGAUUGUACACGGAUGACAUGGCUUUAUUUGCUGAAGAAUAAAAAUGAAGUGUUUUCCCGUUUUCAGUCAUUCCACAAACAGAUGAAGACUCAGUUUAAUGCUCAAAUCCAGAUUCUUCGCUCAAACAAUGGUGGAGAAUUUGUCAAUCAUGACUUUUAG